CGCGCGCGACGUACGGUUAGUUUUCGCGUCCGCCUUCGGCGUCGUCGCGAGUAUCGAGAGUGGCGCAGCUCGCAGGACGCCGGACGAGGACAAGACCGGCCUGCGGCGAUCGUUUCGAGUUCCCCCGCGGUCGUCAGUGCGGAGAGUCGACCCGCGUGCCUCGGUCGGCACACCCGAUGUCAUUGCGGUUAGUGCGAGUCAGUGCGUACCAAGGAGCCUACGAGGAAGAUUCGACCCCGUAGAGCGGAUAACCUCGACCCAUCGCAGCCGGGAGGAUCGACGCGUCCUUCUGGGCCUCGGCACCGCGGCAGCUCGACGGAGGAGUGCCAGGAGCCAGGAUGGCGUCCCACGGGCUUUACGGCUAAUCCCCGAGGACGAGCUCCGGGACCACUUUGCCUUCCAGGAUGAGAGCCACCCUGAGGAUCCUGGCGUUGGUCGCCCUGUUCGGGCGUCCCGACGCGUGGCCCCAGGACCCCAUUCCACGGCUGCACGUCAAGCAUCGCGAGGUGGUCGGUCAGCGAUUUCUGGGCAACGAGAGCCACGUGGAGCACUUCAAGCUACUGGAGCGCGCCGCCACCUUCAUCCUGAUCGGCGCAAGAAAUGCCAUCUACAAUAUCAGUCUCCACGACCUGACGGAAGUUGCGGAUCAGAGGGUGCAGUGGUCCAGCAGCGGGGCGCACCGGGAGCUGUGCUAUCUGAAGGGGAGGAGCGAGGACGAGUGUCAAAAUUACGUCCGCGUGUUCGGGCGACAAGGCCCGGACCGAUUUCUCGCCUGCGGGACGAACGCUUACAAGCCGCUCUGCAGGCAGUUCACGAUUAAGGAUGGCACCUACGUCAGCGAGAAGGACACCGAGGGCCGUGGCCUCUGCCCCCACGACCCCCUGCACAACAGCACCGCGGUUUUCGCAGGAGGACAAUUGUAUGCCGCCACGGUGGCUGAUUUCUCCGGGGGUGAGCCGCUGAUUUAUAGGGAGCCAAUUCGGACCGAGCGGUCGGACCUCAAUCAGCUCAACGGACCGAACUUCGUCAGCUCCCUCGCCUACGGCGACUUCGUCUUCUUCUUCUACCGUGAAACAGCGGUGGAGUACAUGAAUUGUGGCAAAGCCGUGUAUCCACGAGUCGGCCGGGUAUGCCAACACGAUAAAGGUGGGCCGCACGCUUUCGGCGACAGAUGGACGAGUUUCCUGAAAGCCCGGCUCAAUUGCUCCGUGCCCGGGGAUUAUCCGUUCUACUUCAACGAGAUACAAUCCACUAGUGACGUGACGGAGGGUGUCUACGCAGGGGAGCACACUCAGCUGAUCUAUGGGGUUUUCACGACGCCGGUGAACUCCAUCGGCGGAUCUGCGGUAUGUGCCUUCACCAUGAGCAGCAUCCUGGAGGUCUUCCAGGGCGCCUUCAAGGAGCAGGAGACGAUAAACAGCAAUUGGCUCCGGGUGCUCCCGGAAAAGGUCCCGGAGCCUCGACCCGGAGCCUGCGUCAACGACUCCAGGACCUUGCCCGACAUCACGGUCAACUUCGUCAAGGCGCAUCCUCUGAUGGACGAGGCGGUGCAGUCACACUUCGCGUUGCCGGUCGUGACAAAAAUCAGCUUCAAUUACAGGUUCACGAAAGUUGCGGUCGAUCCUCAAGUGAAGGCCCUGGAUGGGAAGGCUUACGACAUCCUCUACAUCGGCACAGAUGACGGCCGAGUGAUGAAAGCGUUGAACACCAAAGCACCGGAUUCCAGAGUCGACGUGGGCCAGGUGGUAGUGAGCGACGUGCAGGUGCUCAGAUAUGGGCAAGCUGUUAAGGAUCUACAAGUGGUGCACCUGGCAGGUGAGGCUAGCAAACUGGUCGUGAUCGCCGACUCCGAGAUCCGAGCGAUCCCUCUUCAUCAUUGCGACUCCUCCGCUGCGAAGUCCUGCACCGCUUGCGUCGCUCUUCAGGAUCCUCACUGUGCAUGGGACGCCAUGACGAAUCAAUGCGUCGCGGUGCCUACGAAGUUGCACGACAGCGACGCGGAGAAGACCCUGUUCCAAGACAUCGUCAACGGGAAGCACAAAGGUUGCGGCUUCGAGCGAGAAACGGCGAAAACUGUGCAGCCAGUGGUCCCACCCCGGCUCGGCCGAGGUGAGCAGCCUGACGAAAGGGACAAUGAAAUCGUCAUCGAAUUGGACCGAGAAAACCAAUAUGGUCGAACCCAGCCCAGAGCUAACGAGCCUCAAGGUGUGAUAGUGACCCCGGUGGUGUAUUCGGCCCAGACGCUGACAGGAGCGUUGCUGGGGACGUGCUUCUUCUCACUGAUCGCAGGCUUCGCCUCGGGGUUCUGGUUCUCGCAGCGCCUGCGGAACGCGCCGUACCCAGAACCUCCUGAGCAGCGUCAGCAGCUGAACCGACUGACGGAGAGCACCGAGUCGCCGGGUUUUAACAACAAAUCCAUCAACCUGGUGCUCAACGUGCCGCCGAAGAAUCCGAACGGGAAGAACGCGAACUCCUCGGCGGAGAACAAGCCGAUGCAGAAGGUGAAGAAGACGUACAUAUGAUACAGAAGACGCCAGCCCGUUUGAGGCUUGCCUCCGGACCCGGCGGCUUCCAGCUCCUCCGAGACAGCCGAGUCGACGGGGACCGUCCGGGACGAGGAAGAAGAGUCCCGGGACA